AAGGCAGAAAAAUAACAGACUUUUCAUCGUCGGCUCGGCGAGUCGAGUUUGCUGCAUCGGCUUCCGUCAAAGUUUGUUCGCAGCGAAACGAAUAAUUGUUCAAUCAUACGGUGCACUCCGGUGCGGUACAAAACCUACGAAUGCAGCGAAACAUCCCCCGUUACGAACCGGUUUCGCUCGAACUGCCGCCGUCGACGCCAUCGGAUGGAAUCGGCGACCACUUCCAUGGACACGAUGGCAAUUGCACCGAGAGAAGCGAUUGGAGCCACGGCAGCGUCGAAACAAACUAUUCGAUCCACAAUCAACAACGGCGGCGUGGCAUUGCCGUGCGUCUGAGAGCCUCUUUCUGGCUCAUGGGUCUCUUGAACAAUGCGGGGUACACCAUCAUGAUUGCCGCUGCGAAAAACAUUAGCGAGGGCGGAGUGGCCCUUGUCUUUUUGGCGAACAUUCUCCCGGCUCUGGGAAUAAAGGCCACGGCACCCUACUGGUUCGAGAAAGUCUCCUACGAACGCCGAUUGUUCGCCUCGACCGCCUCCAUGGUGGCAAGCUUUUCCCUGGUGGCCAGCUCCUCGACGCUGCAGUGGCAGCUCGUUGGUGUCGCUUUUUCCAGCUUGCAGAGCGGACUGGGAGAGGCUAGUUUGCUGGCAUUGGCUGGGAGAAUAGACGGCGCAGCGACGGAUUCUGCAUGCGACGGCGACGGCCGUGUAAACGAUUGCGACGGCGAUGGCUUCGUUGACGAGCAGAACGACGACAACAGCGGCAGGGAGCAAGACGGUGCUGCUGAAAAGGGUGUUUGCCUCAACGGGUUUUCGAGCGGCACUGGAUUUGCCGGCGUUUUUGGUUUCUUUUGGAAAUGGUUCUGGAACAAUCGGUUGGGCCUUUCUCUGUCGAACACAUUGUGGUUGGCAAUAAUUUUACCGGUCGCUUACCUCUCCACCUAUCGAUACGUCGAAUACCUACAGAAAGAACAGUGGGCAAUGAAAAUGGCAACGGGGACGGGGCUCAUUAAACGAAGGUUGCAAAAGCAAGAAUCAUUGGAUCUCUCACAACAAAGACGAAUCGAAACGGAGCAGGGCUAUCGAGAUCGAAUAGACGAUAAAGAAAGCAUGGGCGGCGGUAACAAGACAAGCCCCGACAGCGACCGGUUUGACAGCAAAACAGACCUGGUUGAUGGAGACAGCGAUUCCUCGCCAUAUGGUACCGGGGACGAUAGCUACGGCGAAAGCGAUGACGGAGAUUUAGGUCACUCUGGUUUUAAUGCUUUGGAUUCCGACGGGAACGAAUCAUCGCGACAGCCAACAUCAAAACUCCACGUUUCGGCUAUGGAUGCUCGCCAAAGAUUCUGCCUCGUCCUGGGUUUGUGGCCCUACAUGGUCCCUCUCUUCACCGUAUAUGUGGCGGAAUACACGCUGCAAAGUGGGACCUGGACCACCAUUGGAUUUCCGGUGACCAGCGUCGAAUCUCGCGACACGUUUUUCGAAUACAGCAACUGGAUGUACCAGGCCGGUGUCUUCGUAUCGAGGAGCAGCGGGUCCUUCUUUUUGGCACCCAUGGUACUUUUGUGGAUGAUGCCCUUCCUGCAGGUGCUCAACGUUGGGAUCUAUUGGUUUAUUGCCGCCCAUCAACAAGACCAUUAUUCAGAAGAUGGCGAUGAUUCUUCCUUUGCUUUCGUUUACAGUCCCGUCUUUUUGUAUCCAACGGCUUUUUACACUGGUUUGCUGGGGGGUGCCGUGUACAUCCACGGGUAUCUCCGGAUAUGCCGCGAUUUGCCUCUGGAACGCCGAGAAUUUGCUCUCAGUGCCACGAGCCUCGCGGAAUGCCUGGGCAUCGUUGUAGCCGAUGGACUGGGACUUCUCGUCCAGGCCUGUCUCUAUCGGAUCAAUGGGCUCGACGGAGCGGUCACGAGCUGUCCGGUCCGGGUUUGAGUCCGUUGGUCGCAUACGGUGAAUUCGCUCGACGAAACAAAUGCGCCCAAGCCUCGCUUCCAAAAACUCACACUGCCCCGAUCAUGCAUUGUGGAGGUCAAUGUUCCCUUCUGGGCCACAAUUUUCAUUAUAUUUUACAAAAUGAGAACAAAACAGUAAAAGUGUGUUGACCAU